AUCAAGGGCUAAGAUUACAUUUUUUUAUUUGUAUGCGCCAAAAGAAACUACAUUUGAAAAUAAGUACCUAGUGAAAAUUUUCAGUUACCAUCAACCCUAGGUUUUAACGUCACUCGUUAAAAACAGCAGCAGCAACCCAACAAGAACACAAAGUUCUAUUCAAAACAGCUAACACAGUUAUCUUUGGAAAUGGGUUCUAGGAUUUGACGCCGCAGAAAAAUGCUAAUUUCCAUGUAGAGUGUUCAUCUCAUUCAGAAGGGUAGAGGAAGCUGAACAAUGAUCACUGGAUACUCUUCAAGAUAUGCGGAAACUAGGAAAUAAGAACAUAAACUCUCAACGUUUUUAUUUUUUUUAUGAGAAAUUGGUUUUUGCUGUGAUAUAUUUUGGGUUACUAAACAUGUUAAGUACUGCUUAGUAAUUUGUUAGAAUUCAUUCAAGUGGGCAUUGGAGAUGGACUAUGCGGUUGUUCCUGUGAAUUCUCGAGUUAGUUUGAAACGAGUUGGCCUGAAAUGUGGGAUUGGUCACUAUUCAAUUAUGAAUUCAUCUUCAAUUCACUUAGGUUGUUCAAUCAAGUGUAAUUGCAAAACUCGAUCUUGUCUUCUAUGGAGAGGAGAUUUUAUUGUGGGAAGAAACAUGUUCUCUUUAAAGUGUCAAGCACUGCCUGGAAUUGUUUACAUUGACAGAGUUAAUGAAGUUGACCGAGAUGAGUGGAGCUCAGAAAGUACGGUAGUAGGUGCUAAUAAAAAAUUCAAAGGGAAGAUGAUUACAAGAAAGCCUCAAAAUUCUUCAUUAUUAUCUUCAGAUGGGCCCUUUGUUGAAAAUGAUGAAGAAACCAACAACAAAAUCCUACAUAAUUUAUGCAUCAGUGGGAAGUUAACCGAGGCAACAAGGUUGAUUAAUGUAAUGGCCCGUCGUAAUCAAAUUCCGGACUUUCCUUCUUGCAGAAAUUUAAUCCGUGGUCUUGUUAAAGUUGAUCAGAUAGAUAAAGCUUGGAAGGUCCUUGAAAUCAUGGUCAUGUCUGGUGGGGUUCCAGAUAAUAUUACAUACAACAUGAUGAUUGGUGGGCUCUGCAGGAGAGGAUGUAUAAAAUCUGCCAUUAGUCUCUUAGACGAAAUGAGCUUGAGUGGUUGUGCACCAGAUGUGAUUAGUUAUAACACGAUACUUCGCAGCAUGUUUGGUAAUGGUAAAUGUGAGCAGGCUAUCAAGUUUUGGAAAAUUCAGCUGAGAAAGGGAUGUCCUCCGUUUGUGAUUACAUACACUGUUCUCAUAGAGUUAGUCUGCAAGUACUGUGGAACAGAACGUGCAAUGGAAGUAUUGGAAGAUAUGACUACUGAGGGCUGUUACCCUGAUAUUGUUACCUACAAUUCGCUUAUUAAUUUCAAUUGUAGACAAGGGAAAUAUGAGGAUACAGCUAUGGUCAUUUACAAUAUAUUUUCUCAUGGAUUGGAGCCAAAUGCUGUAACUUACAACACACUCCUCCAUUCUCUCAGUAGCCGUGGGUGUUGGGAUGAAGUAGAUAAGAUUCUUUCAAUCAUGAAUGAAACCUCUCAUCAUCCAACGCUGAUCACUUAUAACAUUUUGAUUAAUGGUUUGUGUAAACAUAGGCUUCUGUAUCCUGCCAUCAACUUUUAUAAUCAAAUGGUUUCUGGGAAUUUAUUGCCUGAUAUUGUGACUUAUAAUACUCUCCUAGUUGCUCUAUGUAAAGAGGGAAUGGUAGAUGAAGCUCUUCAAUUACUGCACUUGUUGAACGGUAGUAAUUGUUCGCCUUGUUUGAUCAGCUAUAAUACUGUGAUUGAUGGAUUGGCUAAAAAGGGAUCUAUGGAGAAAGCAAUGGGAUUAUAUGGUCAAAUGACGGAGAAUGGGAUCAUUCCUGACGAUAUUACUCAUCAUUCUUUGAUUUGGGGGUUUUGCCAGGCAGAUCUAGUUGAGGAAGCAGUAGAGGUACUGAGGGAUAUGAGUAAAAGAGGCCAUAGGAUCAGAAUUAGUGAUUACAAGAUGAUCAUCCAUAGAUUAUGUAGAAGUCAGAAUCUGGAAUUAGCAAUACAAGUUCUAGAAUUAAUGAUCUCACGUCGGCCCAAGCCAGAUGAAGCAACUUAUUCCAACAUACUUAAAAGUGCAGCAGAAGCUGGACUGGCAGAAGAGGCAAACAAGUUGUGUCGAAAGUUGAUAGAAUGGAAGGUUCUUAAAGAAGGUACCACACUGGAUUGAACAAGUGUUUAAGCUAACUGCAACCUUAUUAGAUGCUUUCUGGAAUCUUGAUGAUAGUGUUUUGCCAAAAGGUUUACAAAAUAUAUAGUUUGCUUUUCCCCGUCUUUGUUCAAUUUUUGUGUAUUCAUCCAUUUGCAAUUGCAUUUGUUCCAUCUGCAGAAGCAGCAACUCCCACAAAAUCCAUAAUAUAGUCAUUCUUUUGUCAGGAA